UCGAAUCAGUCACCGGGAUCGGGCGAUCGGACGACUUGUAAUAAGUUUUACCGUUUACCACAUGUUAUUUAAUUAAAAAUAGCGUAAUCAUUGUUAAAAUCGUGAAUCCAAGGUACUUUUGUGUGCAGACAAUCCCGGAUCUACCGAAAUUUAAAUGAGUAGGCUGCUGUGAGCUAGAUCGCAGUUACGUCACGGCUUGUCGUGACCGUGUAUCCUGCACUUCUGUAUCGCCUGUUUAUUCUUUAACGUCUUGUACCGCUCUGAAUUUGCCUUGUAUACUAUAAACAUUAUACGUUGAAUAGACGCUGGUUUUUAGACACACCUCCAGGUAUUGACGGUAGUAAUUAUAACCUAGAACCCCUAUUGCGAAACAUCGUCGACGCAACAGCCUGUUGUCAACCUCCCUUCGAUUUACGAAGACGCUAGGGGUUCAACUUACAAACUCUCUGGAGUCUUUGAUAUUUCGACGUCGAGGUGUAUCCCAAAAAUUAGCCAAAAUUCCGGUCCCGACAAGAAAACGAGAAGGCGCCCAGCAUACAGGCGGCAGAAAUCAAUCUACUGACGAAGAACCAUCGUCGGCUAGCAGGAUGAAUAACAAGAGAAAGAACCGCUCAAACCCAACUAGGUCCCUGCGGGCACGGGGUCCACCGGAAAGAUCGGUUACUGCCGAAGGGGUAUACAACAAUGCCCACUUCAUGCAUGCCAUAACCAGCCACGUAGGCAACAUUGUCCAGGUUCAGACUCAAAAUGGCUCUGUGUACGAGGGUGUAUUUCGUACGUUUUCCAGCCAAUUCGAUGUUGUUUUAGAAAUGGCUCAUCGCAUUGACGAUGCUGGAAAAAUAAUUGUGGAUAGUGUAGUGGAAAAAUUGAUUUUCAAACCCCAAGAUAUUAUUACCAUGUCUGCUAAAGAUGUAGACUUGGAUUAUGCCAUUAGGGAUACUUUCCAAACAGAUACUGCCAUUAGUAAAUUCAACGGAAUGAUAGGGGAAAAAGAAUUAGAACCUUGGGAAGCUCCUUCUGCCAUGAAUGGAGAUGACUUAGAUGGAGAAUUAGAUGGAGCUGCGAAUGGAUGGGACGUCAUUGAAAUGUUUCGGAAGAAUGAACAAAAAUAUGGUGUUCAAUCAACUUUUGAACCGUCAUUGGCAGGUUAUACGCUCCAACUUCAACGCAAAGAUACCAAAGAAUUCAAAGACCAAGAACAAAAAGCUGCCGAGAUUGCUAACGAAAUUGAAGCCCAGCCAAUUCACAAAGCUAGAUUGGAUCUUGAAAAUGGAGAUGAGGAAGAAAGAUUUGCAGCUGUGGUGAGGCCUAAUGAAGGUAAAUAUGUGCCACCGCCAAAAAGGAAAAAUGGUGGUGCAGGCAAGCUCAUGCGCUCCACCCCACCACCACCUUCACCAGGAGCAGCAACGAACAAAAAUGUGUAUACACAACCCCCGCCUACGGCGGUUGGUGUAAAUGUUGCUCAGCCGGCAAACAUUCCAGUGGGAAUUCAAACAUCCCACACUCAAGGCCAACACCAGGGUACAUUAAAUAUGGCGCUACCACCUAGUGGAGUUGUUGUCACAUAUAAUACGCCCCCGCCAUUCGUACCGCCACCCACAACUCAACCUAUACCACCUGUCGCUACUGUUCAAGUAUUGCCACAGCCACAAAGUCAACCACAGGUUGUACCACCAAUUCCGCAACAAGUAGCCUUUUCUCAACAACAGCAGCCUCCGAAUAAAAUGAAUGCAGAAAAACGUGACCGACCUGGUAGACAGCAGGUUUAUCAAGCUGAUAAAGCUCCACCUGCUCCAUUUCCACAAAGCAAUAUCGCCCUUUCACAUCAGCAGCAACAGCAGCCCCAACAUCCGCAACAUUCACCAUUACAGCAGCAGAACUCGGUCGAAAGUCAACGGUGUGAGAUACCACCCCCAAAAUCCGAACACAGAAAAGUUCCUACUCCCCGGGGGAGAGAAGAACAGCACUCGGAGUUGAGGCAAUUUGCUACUGAAUUCAAAUUGACGGAACCGCCUGCUCAAGAGCCCCCACCCAUUUCGAGGAAACAACAUCAACAAGAACCAAUACUACAGCAGCCUACCCAACCACAGCAUCAUCAGCAAUCACAUCCUCAGUCUCCGCAUCAGCAGCAUCAACCACAGACGCAACAACAACAGCAACAGCAGCAACAUUCACUACCACAUGCACAGCAUCAACAACCAACUGAAGAACCAGUUGUUACUAGUAAACCGCCUCCUGGGCCUCAACCUGUGCGACCACCCAGUCCUCCGCAACAACAAAUUCAACAGCAGGCUACCCCUCCCAUGCAACAACCUGAACCUGCUGUGGAAAAAAUCACUACAGCCUUCAAAAAAUCUACAUUGAAUCCAAAUGCUAAGGAGUUCAAUCCUAACCCCAAACCGUUUACACCUCGCUCUCCCAGUACUCCGACACCUAGCAGGCCACAUACUCCACAAACACCUCAAUAUACCGGUGCUACCAUGCAAACGACAGUUGUUAUGCCUGCCACAGCAUAUGUAAUGACUAGUCAACCUCCCACUGCAUUCACACAACAACAAGCUCAGCCUGCCGCUAGAUUCCGAAAGGGUCAAUACCUAGUUCCAAUGAUGCAACACCGUGGUCCGGAUAUCGCCUCGCAGAUGCAAGUUGCUGCUGCAACUGGACAACCACUCCUAGCUCCAGCGCCAUUGCACCCUCCGUUUCAAGUUCCGUAUGCUGGCCAGCCUGCCUAUCAACAAAUGGUGCGGAUGGUUCAAGCCCCACCACCCCCUCCACACAUGACAUCGCCAUAUCAUCAUCAUCACGAGUCUCCUGGUCCACAGCCUCAGGGUUUACAGUAUAUGGGCCCACAUCCACAUCAUCCGCAUGUUACACAACAACAACCCAGCCAGACACCUUCACCUGCUAAUCCCAACCCUUCUCAUACUCCUGGAGCUUACAAUCCUCCCGGAACACCACAGCCCGCCUAUCCUCAACCUCCGCCACAAGGGCAUGCACCAAGCUAUCCUAUUAUGUGCCCUCUGAUACCACCACACAUGAUGCCACAACACAUGCAAUAUUUGCCUCCACAACCACCACCGGGCACUCAAACUCCUAUACCUGUCAUUCUGCCUCAUAACCAGUAGUUUUGCAAGUACACAAACAGAGAAUCAUUAUUCUAAGAGAAAAUGUAAAGCGUUUUAAAUUUCAAGUUACUUUUACAAUAGCGUUGAAUUCUUUCCAUCGUUCUGCUUAUGAAGCAAAGAUAAACCAAUCGAAGCCACAGAGUCCUGAUGUCUAUUUUUUACUGUGUAUUACUGCAUUAUGUUCAUUUUGCUUUUCUCCGUUCUUCAGAUCUCGAUUAAAAUAUACAGAAACACGUCAGGCUCACAUUUCUGAUGAAGAAUAUCAUAUGUCUCGAUUUAAUUACACCCUUAUAAGCACAUGGGUAACCUACAGCAGAAAGUAUCAAAGAAAGAUCGGAUAUGUAAGUAAAACAGUUGAUCAUGAAUUCGAUUAUAUUCGGAAGACUUUUUUGACAGUAGAAGCCAUUGACGAAUAUUGUAGUUGUGAACAUACAAGCUAAACCUGAAUGUGAAUUACUUGUUUGUUACUAUUUUGUUAUUUCCAAUAGCUCUGUGGAAUUAAAAGAUUACCAAAUGGAUUGGAACGAUGAGAAAGAAACGCUGUUUUGAAGGUGACUGUGUCAAAUAAGAACAUUUCUAUGAAAGGCCCAUAACGCAUCCCUCUACACAAUAUUGUCAUUCGUAUCAUGCAAAUCGAUGGAUAUUGUAUGGUAAUCACUUAGUCAUUGUAUCAUAUAUAGGGUUACAUUUUUUUAAGAUGUUUUAUGCACUAAAAGACAGAACUGACGUACGUGACUAUGGAAGUAAUCAGAUAUAAUUACUGCCUGAUCCAGCUGUCAUAAGAAUCCAGAAUGGUCGCAGAACUGAACGCGAUUGACCUAGCCAGCGAGUUUUUCUUGCAGUACAUCGAUCAUAUUGGCAGGGUCAUGUUGGGUCAGCCAAACAAUAAUUUAUUGGAGAUAACUGAAAACCUUAGGAAAUUAUGCAAAAGUUUAAUCGAUCAGAAUCCAAAGGUAUUUUUCGAAUGACCAACAAAUUUUUGAGAAUAUCCAACAUGAAAUGGAAAAUAAUAUGAUGUAAGCAAAUAGAACAAACAUGCAACUAUGAAAUAAUCUGACGUAAAUUCAGUCAAGCGUAUUUGAAAACAACUUGUUAGACGGGAAGGAAAGGGGCCUUUUUAUCGUCAAGUAUCUUCUGGAAAGAUGGAAAAUCUAAAUUUUAAAAUAGGAUAUAUUUUUCUGCUCAUGCUUAAGCUGGAAAUAUACUCUUACUGAAAAUGGUAAGGUAAGAGGUAAAAGCCUGAAUACUAAUAAAUCUCGAAGAGCCUAAAACCUAAAUUGAAUCUACUAUAUUAUAAUAUAAGACAGCUGUGUACGUCAUGUACAUAAGGCGGCUAAGCAAAGAGUUUCUCGAACUCUAGUUUGUUAAUGCUAAUUUUUGUUAUCAAAUACUUUUUAUGAAAAGACUUUAAAAUGGCGGAAUAUUAAGUUGCCUCUGAGCCCAUGCUUAAGAAAUACGAUUGUCAUAUUUCAAGUGAUAUUAAGAAAGAUGAAAAAAGAUUCUCGAUACUGUAAAAAUAUUUAGCACAAGUAGAAUCAAUAUUCAAUUUGUUCAAUGUUCGAAUUAAUUCAUAAAAUUUCACAUUCUCAAAGAUCGAACAUGAUCUUCGAUUCUUGGUAUAUAUUUUAGAAUACGCCGCAACAUACAAACCAGCAUCCAAGGCAUCAGUUGGUCAUUGUAGCAUUGUAUAGAAUGUAUGAAAUCAAUGAGGAUACAUUUUUUUACUUGAUUUUAUGUGACUGAAGAAUGAGGUAUCAAAUGUUCGAUUCUACAAAAGAAUGUCUUCUGGCAAGCAAUGGGUGGUUUGAAAUGAAUUUCAGGCAGUCAUUCACAAUUGCCAUCAAUAAAUUAAAGUUGAUCAACUUGUGCUAAUUAUACCAGAGAUUUCGAAGGAACAGAACAACUGCACCUUGUCGCAUACAUAUGAGACAGACAAACAGACACAUGGAUAAUCAUUGUUCAUGACAAAUAAAAUUGGAAAAAGAGUAAAAUGGUUCACUGUGUGGCAUCAUUAGAUAAAGGAAUUUUAUAUCAAAGAAAGAAAAAAAAAAUCAUAAUAAACUCAAUAAAUUAAAAACUGCCUGUGCCUUAUAAA